ACCAUCACCAUUUUCUGGCACCCUCCCUCAUCAUCCACUUCCUCCCCCCAAUCCAUCCACUCUGUACUCUAUAAUAAACGCUCUUCCAUUCCUUUCCGCGUGCAAUCCUCAUUUUCUUCCUACAUCCCCUUUUGUUAUACCCACACAUAGCCAGGCAAGAUGAUGUCUGCACGCUUUUCUCGAGCUCUGCCCAGAGCUACCAGCUCUGUCGCGCGCUCGGCAGGCUUCGCCCGCCAGCCCUUCGCCUCAAAGUUUGCUCGCUACGAGUCAACGGCGACUGAUGGAAAGGUUACCGGCUCCGUGAUCGGUAUCGAUCUCGGUACCACAAACUCUGCCGUUGCCGUCAUGGAGGGCAAGGUGCCCAAGAUUAUUGAGAACGCAGAGGGUGCUCGCACAACUCCUUCCGUGGUCGCUUUUGCCCAGGAUGGCGAACGUCUCGUCGGUGUCGCCGCCAAGCGCCAGGCCGUCGUUAACCCCGAGAACACACUCUUCGCCACCAAGCGUUUGAUUGGUCGCAAGUUUACCGACGCUGAGGUCCAGAGAGACAUCAAGGAGGUCCCCUACAAGAUUGUCCAACACACCAACGGCGACGCCUGGGUCUCUGCUCGCGACCAGAAGUACUCUCCCUCGCAGAUUGGUGGUUUCGUCCUUAACAAGAUGAAGGAGACCGCCGAGGCCUACCUCUCUAAGCCCGUUAAGAACGCUGUCGUCACCGUUCCUGCCUACUUCAACGACUCCCAGCGUCAGGCUACCAAGGAUGCUGGUCAGAUUGCCGGCCUGAACGUUCUUCGUGUCGUGAAUGAGCCUACUGCCGCUGCUCUGGCCUAUGGUCUGGAGAAGGAGGACGACCGCAUCGUCGCCGUCUACGAUCUUGGUGGUGGUACCUUCGAUAUCUCCGUUCUUGAGAUCCAGAACGGUGUCUUCGAGGUUAAGUCUACCAAUGGCGACACUCACUUGGGUGGUGAGGACUUCGACAUUCACCUUGUUCGUCACCUUGUCCAGCAGUUCAAGAAGGACUCUGGCAUUGACCUCUCCGGUGACCGCAUGGCCAUCCAGCGUAUCCGUGAGGCUGCCGAGAAGGCCAAGAUCGAGCUUUCCUCCUCUUUGUCUACCGACAUUAACCUGCCCUUCAUCACUGCCGACUCCUCUGGCCCCAAGCACAUCAACCAGAAGCUCACUCGCGCUCAGCUCGAGAAGAUGAUGGAUCCCCUCAUCACCCGCACCAUCGACCCCGUUCGCAAGGCUUUGAAGGACGCCAACCUCCAGGCCAAGGACAUUCAGGAGGUCAUUCUUGUUGGUGGUAUGACUCGUAUGCCCAAGGUCUCCGAGUCCGUCAAGAGCAUCUUCGGCCGUGACCCCGCCAAGUCUGUCAACCCCGAUGAGGCUGUUGCUAUUGGUGCUGCCAUUCAGGGAGCCGUUCUCUCUGGCGAGGUCAAGGACCUUCUCCUCCUCGACGUCACUCCUCUCUCUCUCGGCAUUGAGACCCUCGGCGGUGUUUUCACCCGUCUCAUCAACCGUAACACCACCAUCCCCACCAAGAAGUCCCAGACCUUCUCCACCGCCGCCGACUUCCAAACCGCUGUCGAAAUCAAGGUUUACCAGGGUGAGCGUGAGCUCGUCCGUGACAACAAGCUGCUUGGCAACUUCCAGCUGGUUGGCAUCCCCCCUGCCCACCGUGGUGUGCCCCAGAUCGAGGUUACCUUCGACAUCGACGCCGACUCCAUUGUCCACGUCCACGCCAAGGACAAGUCCACCAACAAGGACCAAUCUAUCACCAUUGCCUCCGGCUCCGGUCUGUCUGACUCCGAGAUCCAGCAGAUGGUUGAGGACUCCGAGAAGUACGCCGAGACCGACAAGGAGCGCAAGGGCGCCAUUGAGGCUGCCAACCGCGCUGACAGCGUCUUGAACGACACCGAGCGUGCCCUUAACGAGUACGCCGAGAAGCUCGACAAGGCCGAGGCUGAUGGCAUCCGCGAGAAGAUCGCCUCUCUCCGUGAGUACGUCUCCAAGAGCUUGGCUGGUGAGGGCAACGCCACCGCUGCCGAGAUCAAGGAGAAGACCGAUGAGCUCCAGGUUGCAAGCCUGAACCUCUUCGACAAGAUGCACAAGGCCCGCGCUGAGUCUGGCGAGCAGCCCACUCAGGAUGCCAACGCAUCCGAGAACAAGGACGGCGAGAAGAAGCCUUAAACGGCUCUUCCCGUGUCUAGUACCAUUUUCUCACCACCCCCCGCAAGCCGUUGAUGGCUGGGUAGCAUGUUUGAUUAGUUUGGGCGGGCAUAGACUUGCUUCCCUCAUGUUUGUAUUCCAACUGUACUCAUAUUCCGGUCGAAUCCGACCGCUCUCUCUUCCUUGUUACCCCUUUUACAAAUGUUUGUUAAUACCUGCGGUCGGCGGAACCGGCGUUGGAGCAUCAAAACAUUCACACGAGAUACCUCUUCCGGUAUUCAUGAUAUGAUCGAUGGUAUGGAUCCAGGGGAUAAGACGGGGUUGCAUAUGUACAAAACCAAAACGAAUCUGGAGUAGCUAGAUGUGAUAAUUCUACAUCCCCCCUCAAAUCACCACCGCC